AUGCCAUUGUCCGGUAAGGACUGCUUGAACUUUCUCUUCAUGGGGGCCAGUACGGCCCUCAUUGGCCAUGGUGCGCUCUCAAGGCCCGGUGAGAUGCCCGGCGGCGAGAUCCGGCUUCACCCCUUUUUGAUGGGCCUGGCGUUUGCGUUGAUGAUCAGCCUGGGGUUCUGGAUGUACAACUACGAGGAUUUGCCGGGAGAGUGGAUCGACACCCGUGAGUCGAGAAGGAAGAUUCAUGCCUUCUGUCAGGCUACCGGUGCGUCCUUGGCGUUGGCCGGCUACAUUGUAAACUAUCAGGCCCACACGGAUGCUGGGGAGGCACUCUUCGCUGUCUCGAGUUUCUCCGACGGCUUAGUGUGGCUGCGCCUGGCUCACAUCUACAUAGGCUACGCGUGUUUGGGCGGUCUGGCAAUUCAGGUGUUCAUCGGCAUCCUCAAGUACAGAAUUCUUGUUGACGACAAUGACGACAACGAUGGCCAGUGGUCAAUCCACGAAGCCGUCGGCAACCUUGUUUAUAGCAUGGCCAUGCUGAACCUAAUGACGGGCGUUUGGUUGUGGAAGGAGUUCUCGCUCCCAGUCCGCGCCAUCAUCACCCUUACGCUGAUUACCAGUGUUGCGUUCGGGCCGCGAUGGGAUGGAACAAGAGGCUUCCUGAGCAGCGAAGCGGAGAAGCCCAAGAAGAAAAAGAAAGCAAAGGCCCUGAGCAACGAAAGAGGAAGCGAAGCGACGCUGCGAACGCUGGUUGGACGGGCCUGA